CCCUUUGGUUCGGAUUCGGACCUCCGUCCUGGAAAAUUCACAGCCAAAAACGUUUCUUCGAUCACCAAUAAACAAGGUGUUCAGAUUCAAGGGUGGCAUAUUUUGGCCUAAUCUUGAGCUUUCUGCUGAAUAUCUAUGAGGUUAAAAGUCUUUCAACAUUCUCUGAUAUAAUAUUUCAACAAUCAAGUUACAAUCUUUCAGCAUUCUCUGAUUUCCCCCUUGAAAUAUAAGAUCCAGGGAAUGCUGAAAGAUGUGCCUCGGUACUCAGAACUUUGCUGCUCAAAGCCAUGAGGCUUUGAAUUCAUUAGAGCUGCCUUUGUUGUUUGCCCUUAGUGAGGCUGGGUCUAUACAUCAAAGUUCGAUCACCCUCGGUUCGAAAAAGCUCCAUGGGACCUCACGUAGGUGCAAAAUGCUGGUUUUCUUGAUGCAUGAUCCGAGUGAAGACGGUUGAACGGAUUCUUUUUCCUUUCUUUUUUUUUAUCGUUAAAAUAUAUAGACUAUAUUAGCAGGAACACGUAAGGGGCUGUUGUUUAGGUUUUUAGGCUUGGAAUGGAAAACAAGUCGAAUGUGUUAUUAAAGAGGUAUGAGUUAGGAAGGUUACUUGGCCAAGGCACGUUUGCAAAGGUUUACUAUGCGAGGAGCUUGAUAACCAAUCAGAGUGUAGCCAUCAAAGUCAUAGAUAAAGAAAAGAUUAUGAAGGUUGGGCUCGUUGAUCAAAUCAAGCGCGAAAUUUCUAUUAUGACAUUGGUAAAGCAUCCGAAUGUCAUACAGCUUUAUGAGGUCAUGGCGACCAAAACAAAAAUCUACUUUGUUAUGGAGUAUGCUAAAGGCGGCGAGCUAUUUGACAAGGUUGCCAAAGGAAAGCUGAAGGAGGAAGUCGCGUGGAAAUAUUUUAACCAGCUGAUCAACGCAGUUGACUUUUGUCACAGUAGAGGUGUUUAUCACCGUGAUAUAAAGCCGGAGAACUUGUUGCUGGAUGAGAAUGAUAAUCUGAAGGCUUCUGAUUUUGGAUUAAGUGCUCUUGCUGAAAGCAAGCACCAAGACGGGCUGCUCCACACCACUUGUGGCACCCCUGCUUAUGUUGCUCCUGAAGUCAUUAACAGGAAAGGAUAUGAUGGUGCCAAAGCUGAUAUUUGGUCUUGCGGGGUGGUGUUGUACGUUUUAUUGGAUGGUUAUCUCCCGUUUCAUGAUUCAAAUUUGAUGGAGCUGUAUAGGAAAAUUGGCAGAGCAGAUUUCAAAUGCCCAAGUUGGUUCCCUCCCGAAGUAAAGAGGCUGUUGUUCAGAAUCCUGGAUCCAAACCCCAGUACAAGGGCUUCCAUUGAUAAAAUCAAGGAAAGUACUUGGUACAAAAAAGGAUUGAAGUCCAAGCAUAUUAAUUUUGAAUCAGAAAACAAGGAUGCGUCUUCUUUAGAUACAGAGACUUCUAGUUGGCAUGAGAGUGCCAGUGUGGCUGCCGAGGGAAAACAAGAACCAAUCAGACCUCCAAACUUGAAUGCUUUUGAUAUAAUCUCUCUUUCUGUUGGGUUUGAUCUGUCUGGCUUGUUUGAAGAAGAUUAUCGGAGGAGAGAAGCAAGAUUCAUUUUCAGAAAACCUGCCACAGUCAUCGUCUCCAAGCUGGAAGAAAUUGCUAAGAAACUGAGGAUGAAAGUGAAGAAAAGGGAUGCGGGAUUGUUCAGAUUGGAGGGUCUGAGGGAAGGUAGAAAGGGAAUCUUGUCCAUUGAUGCAGAGAUAUUCGAGGUCACUCCAUCUUUUCAUUUGGUGGAGGUAAAAUUAUCAAAUGGAGAUUCAAUGGAGUAUCAAAAGAUACUGAAAGACGACAUAAAGCCGGCUCUCCAGGACAUAGCUUGGGUUUGGCAAGACGACCAACAACAGCAGCCACACCAACAGCAACAACAUCAUCUACAACCGCAUGAGGUGCAGCAUGAACGGCUACCACAACUACAACAGGAAGAACAACAUAAACAGCAACAACAAUGCCAACCCUUUGCCAGCGUUCACCUUGUAUCUUAAAUUAUUGUACAUUUCACAAACUUUCAACCUCCUAACUGUCUCUGUAUUCCUGUAAGUUUCAGAUCUCUCUUAAAGAAAAUAUUCUUAUAUUUUAUUUUCAUUAAAUUGUCGUUUUUAGAAUAUUUUUUAUCAUA